AUCUCCGACCUUGUGAAAUCAAGAAACUAAAGGAAAAGGCAAGAUCCGAAUUUUCUACUACCCCCAUCAAGCGGUUGUCCCAUUCACAUCACUAUCCCUACAAGUGAAAACCUACACAUCACCCACCGCCAACUCUUGAAACCCCUCAAGAUUUCUUCCAAAGUCUGAUUCUUUUUUCGAAGAUUGUAAUCAUGUUAUGAUCUGAAAUGCUGGGGGCGGUGCAGUGGGGGGUUUUGGCUGCGAUUGUGGUGCUUUUGGUGCCGAUGGGUAUGGCGGGUUGGCAUUUGAGCCGCAACAAAAUGUUGUUCUUCAGCGGUGCUUUGUUCAUCACUCUCGCGGUAUGCGUCCACCUAACACCCUAUUUUCCUUCCUCUGUUUAUGACUUUGUUAGCUCUGUUCAAUCAGUUGUUGUGUUUGACAAUCGCGAUUCUUGUAUUGAUUCGGUCAAUGAUAUGUUGUGGGAUGUGAAACCCUCCAGUACUGAUCCCUCUAGCUCUAGCUCUUCUUUUACUGCUUAUGAUAAGAAAUGGAGUUGGUCCAAAUCAGGGAAAGUGAGUGUUUGUGAGUUUCAGAAAUUGAGUAGAUCCGAUGCCUCAGAUUUGUUAAACGGGUCGUGGGUUGUGGUGGCAGGAGAUUCCCAAGCCCGUUUGAUUACCCAGUCGUUGUUGAAUUUGGUUUUGGAUUCAAAGAAAAUGGAAUCCGUUAAGGAGGAUUUGUUCAAGAGGCAUAGUGAUUACGAGGUGUUUGUUGAUGAGUUUGGUAUGAAGUUGGAUUACAUAUGGGCUCCUUACGAGUCAAAUUUAACAGAUUUGAUGAUUGGAAUCAAGCACAAUAGGAGUUACCCCGAUGUUUUGGUAAUGGGCUCAGGGCUAUGGCACAUGGUUCAUGUCAACAAUGCAUCGGACUAUGGUGUUUCUCUACAGUUGUUGAGGAGUUCUGUGGUGUCAAUGUUGCCAUUGUUGACUGAGUUAGGCACAGGCACAGAUGGGUCUGUCGAGGGUUCUGCAACCAUUAGGUCACCACAUUUGUUUUGGCUUGGCAUGCCAAUGUUGAUAAAUGGGAUGCUGAAUACAGAUGAGAAGCGGGAGAAGAUGAGCGAUGAAGUUUGGCAUGCUUAUAACCGAGCGCUAAGGGAUAGCCAGCUUUUACGCAAUUCCGGUGGUCCGCUUCUGUUACUUGAUAUCCAGUCAUUGACUUGGAAUUGUGGACCUCACUGUACAGCUGAUGGGAUGCACUACGAUGCAGCUGUUUAUGAUGCUGCUGUUCAUGCUAUGCUAAAUGCAUUGCUCAUUCAAUCGCACCAGAAGAUUUCAGAGACGAAAUUCUGAUAUUUUUUCUGCAAUAAUGCAUUACUUUGAUGGCACAAACUUUCUCGAACAUGAAGAUUGUUUAUCUGAUUUCAUUGGCUCCAGGUUUUACCCCUUUCUCCUGAAAUUAACUCAAGAUUAGAUUUUUUUAAUGGCAUAUAGAGAUUAAUUUUUGUUUGUUACUUCUCUUUCCCUCCCUACAUAUGAUUUGGUAUCUGAUACUUCACAGCGGUUGUAUUUGAUAGUUUUAUAGUUUGAAAACAAUCUGAGAGAUUUGUAAUCAUAGUAGAUACAUGCUUACUGAAGAUCAUAGUCGCAAUUGAAAUCUUUGUUCGGUGCCUUCUGGAAUCCAAUUCUUAUUGUAUGGCGGAUUAAGACCGGUGCUUACUUGUCAAAAAAGUCACAUGUUGUUGUAUGUGAAGUAACUGGAGUGAACUAGUUGUUUUCUCAUUGAGGAUAUCUCCAA